UUUUGGCUUCAACAGUUACAUAGGAAUGUUAUUUAUAUAGUGUUUUCACGGACUUUAUAGCCAAACUAUUAUAGCAGCUUUGUUAGAAACUUAAUUAUCAGUGCAAUGGCACUUGCUCUUGGCGUUGCAGUUCCUACCUCUUUUUAUUCUCCUACCAGGCCACCAUCUCAAAUCAGUGCCUCACCAGUAUAUGCUCAUGGCCGAGUUCAACGUAUUCGAUGCAAGGCUGUUAGCCUGCAGACUUGCAAGCAAAAUGUCGUUAGGCGAUCAGCAAACUACCAACCUCCCAUUUGGGACUAUGACUACGUGCAGUCACUCAAUAGUAAAUACGUGGGAGAUGUGUACGCAAAACAGGCUGCUAAGUUGGUGGAAGAUGUGAAGAUAAUGCUUGACAAGGUAGCGGAUCCAGUCGUUGGACUUGAGAUGAUUGACGACUUGCAAAGGCUUGGAGUGUUUUACCAUUUCGAGAAGGAUAUAAAGAGAGUCUUGGAAAACAUAUCGAACAACAGUUGUAGUGACCGGAACGAAGAGGAUUUGAGCGCCACAGCUCUCAAAUUUAGACUUAUGAGACAACAUGGAUAUCAUAUUCCUCAAGGGGUUUUUGAGAGGUUUAUGGACGAGUCAGGGAGCUUCAAAGCUUGUCUUUGCGAGGAUAUAAAUGGAAUGCUAUAUUUGUAUGAAGCCUCCUACUUUUGUGUUGAGGGUGAAAGUACAUUGGAGAAGGCUAGAGAUUUCGCAACUAAACACCUCAGACAAAGCUUGAAGAGGAAAGAUAAUCAUCAUGAUCUUGCCAUGUUAGUGAGUCACGCCUUGGAACUUCCACUACAUUGGAGGGUGACACGGCUGGAGGCAAGGUGGUUCAUUGAUGUGUAUGAGAAAAGACCUGAUAUGAAUCCAACGUUUCUUCAACUUGCUAAAUUGGAUUACAACAUGGUGCAAGCAACUCACCAAGCAGAUCUAAAGCAUACGUCAAGGUGGUGGAAAGGUACAGGUUUGGGACAAAAGUUGAGCUUUGCUAGGGACAGAUUGAUGGAGAAUUUCUUAUGGACUGUUGAGGUGGACUUCAAGCCACAGUUUGGAUACCGCAGGAGAGCGGCUACGAUAGUCAAUGCCCUGAUAACAACAAUCGACGAUGUUUAUGAUGUUUACGGUACAUUGGAUGAGCUUGAGCUCUUUACCAAUGCAGUUGAGAGGUGGGAUAUAACUGCAAUGGAACAGCUUCCUGACUAUAUGAAGAUAUGUUUCCUUGCCCUUUUCAACUCGAUAAAUGAAAUGGGUUACCGCACUCUUAAGGAGCAAGGUGUUCACAGCAUCCCUUACCUUCAAAAAAUGUGGGCAGAUUUAUGUAAAUGUUACUUAGUGGAGGCAAAGUGGUACUAUAGCGGAUACACACCGACCUUUGAAGAAUACAUGAACAAUGCCUGGGUUUCAAUUUCAGCUCCCGUGAUACUAACUCAUGCUUAUUUUCUAAGUACAAGUCCCAUAACCAUGGAGGGCUUGCAAUGGUUGGUGAAAUACCCCAAUAUAAUACGAUGGUCGGCCACUAUUUUACGAUUUGCAGAUGAUUUGGGAACAUCAUCGGAUGAAAUGAAGAAAGGUGACAUUCCGAAAUCAAUCCAAUGUUACAUGCACGAAACCGGUGCAUCAGAGAAGGAAGCUAGAGAACACAUCAAAUACUUGAUUGGUGAGACAUGGAAGAAGAUGAAUAAAGAACGAGGCGUGAAAUCUCUCUGCUCCCAUACAUUUGUUGAACUUGCGCUGAAUCUUGGAAGGAUGGCUCAGUGUAUGUACCAAUACGGGGAUGGUCAUGGUGCUCAAGGUGUUGAGACUAAAGAUCGAGUCUUGUCACUGCUAAUCAAUCCCGUUCCCCUCGUAUAAGAAAACAAAACCAUCCGGGACCGGGACAGUGGCUGUAAUCUUGAAUUCCAUGGAUGUUUUCCUUAUAAGUUGCAGAUGAUUCAUGUUGUCUCCUCCUGUCUAGGAAUUCUAUGGCUUGUCCUAGCUAGCAACGCACGAGAUUGUUAGUUGAUACGUGGUUGUAGAAUCCGAUUAACGCCUGUAUUUUCUCUUUGGGUUUGACUUCAAGAGAAAAUUUUCAACAUUUUGUUCUCCAA